UAUAUAUGAAAGGUGAUCAUGGGACCCUUUACUUUGUGGGGUCAAUAGAAUCCCCCAACGCUCAGUUCGCUUCUUCUCCAUUUUUACAAACCCUAGAUUCUCUGAGUGUCAAAAAGAAAUCCUAGAUUCUCUCUCCUCCAUAUCUGCUCCUCUUCCGUUUCCAAAACCCUGCUACUAUCCUGUUGCUACUGGUCGAUAAAUGGGCUCAGAAAUGGUGCUCAACGAUUUCUCCUCCACUGAACACAACCACCACCACAACUCCAACCUCAACUCACUGAAUGAGUCGUCGCCGGUUGUACCUCGUAAAUCCGCAUCAUCCUCAUCCAGAGACCGCCACACCAAGGUAAACGGCCGGGGGCGGCGGGUCCGGAUGCCUGCUCUGUGCGCUGCUCGUAUCUUUCAAUUGACUAGAGAGCUCGGCCACCGAUCCGACGGUGAGACCAUCGAGUGGCUACUUCGCCAAGCUGAGCCCUCAAUCAUCGCCGCCACAGGCUCCGGCACCGUCCCCGCUGCCCAAGUUUCCUCAUCCGCUGGGCCUGCUCCGCUCUCAUCUUCGCCGUCCUCGGUGUCUUGUCGAGUGCAUCCAGUGGGUGUCGGAGGAGCUCAGGGGAUAUUCACGAUGGGACCGCCACCGAGCUGUCGGCUGGACCUGUGUCAACCGGUGGGUUUGCAGUAUUCGACUACGGCGGGGAACGGGUUCAGGCACAUGCCGUUCACGGCGUUGUUGUUGCAGCCGGUGACAGCGGCUGCAGCGGAAGAGGACGAGGAGACCGAUGAUAAGCAGAGGCAGCAGCAGGGAGUACUUGAAGAUCACCAUGAGCAUCAAUAGGUAAACAAGGAUUAGAUAUAUCCUAUAGCUCUGCGGGUAUACAGACCGUGAUAAUGAGUGUUAGCAUGUCGUUUAGGGUGUUUGUAUUGUGGGCAUAAUGUAAUUCCAUCAUCUUCUUCCUCAUUCUCCUUCCUUAUGGUGGUGUAUGUAUCUAUGGCGGUUUGUGCUUCUGAACGAAGAGGAUGAUGAAAUCUUGUGGUGGUGUAUGUAUGUAUGAUGGUUUGUGUUUCUGGAUGAAGAGGAUGACGAAAUGUAAAUUGCUCGCAGAAACUCAAAUGUA